AUGGAUUCUUUGACGGAUGCCCAAAGAAGAGCGAAUUGUUUCGGGCUUGGACCAUCAGUUAGAUUCUCAGAAGAUGCACGAGAGGUUAUCUAUGGACAACAAGCAGUAAUUGACAUAACGAAAACCUCUCAAAAAAAACAUCCGAAAAUGAAGUCUCAAAGAAUAAUAUUGAAGUCUCAUGUACCGCAAUCAUCGGCCGCACGGGUUACAGAGUCUCAGAUCAUGAUAUGCCAAAACUCUCACGUUUUAUCCGACAAUCAGAAGUCUAGACUGAGCUUUAGAAGAAGAAUACAUUCCGUCAGCCCACUCCUGCGUCAAGCUAUAUUCUCAAGACCAAAAAUCCGGGUUCAGAUUAGAGAGAAAGAGGAUCUCUUAAAAAUCCGAGAGGAUUCCAAAAUCGAAACUAUGAUAUGCACGAGAACGUACACCGAAAGAAAGAUCGAUAAGGCGUGUAAACCAUAUGGAACAGGUGUUUCUCAGAUAUGGUCUCGCUGUCAUAAACCAUUUCGAAAAGGGAGUGUGUCUCUAAGAUUAAAGAAAUCUAUGAUACAGAAGAUAUCGUGCGGCCAAGGAACAUGUUUUAAUGCCGGCGAAACAGACCAUAUGAAGCCGUCGCCCAAGAGAAAUCCACAUGUUUGUAUUGCUAACUCUUCUGCUACUCUGCGGGAACCUCUAUACCGUGAUAGAACAAUAGGAGAAAUGCAAGGUUCUAGACGUCGAAAUACAGAUGCUAGUACCGGUUGCAUUGCGAACAGUCGAUUUUGUGAUGAAAACCAUCAAAUUAACCCCAUUCUUGGUUCUGGGACGCCUCCGAGAGAUUUUAUCAGCGGCCCAAAAAUUUGCCAUAGAAGAGCAAACUUUGUUCAGGGCCCCGGAUUACUGUCAACAGGAAGCAACAGCUCUAGAAUGUACAAUAUUAAUUCAUAUCCAAAUUCAACGGUUGCUAGUGAGAAUUUGCAUUCGCAUCAUCCGGUCCGUGAUUGUAAAUUGGGAACAAGAAAUAUCACAACAUGUACCCAUGAUCCGUCAAAUCUGGCUGAAUCAUAUAGAGGCCUAGAGCAUGAGAAUACCAUUGCUUUUCUAAUUCAGCUCGCACAGAAUGUUGGCGAAUCAGAGCAUGGCAGGAUUGCGGCUGUGCAAGAGAACCACAGCGGGGCUGAGCAAGCACUAAUCUUGAAAAUUGUCAGCCAUGGUGUUAGUUGGGCUCGUGCAUCUGAGAAUUGCACGUAA